AUGAAAAUUCGUAAUGGACUGGUUUUGACAGCUUUAGCAUCUCAAAUAUCAUCGGGAUUCAAUGAAUCAUCAAAAAAACAUAGGCCUCGUCAACAUCAAUAUCAUCGGCAGGAUUCAUCUUAUAUUACGAACUACAUUAGUCGUGCACAAAAAAUGGUGUACACGUUCAAGGAAAAGAUGGGUUGUCCUGGUAUGUCUGUCUGUGUUUCGUUAUCAGGGAAGAUUAUUUAUCAAGAAGGUGUUGGAUAUGCCAAUGUUGAGCAUAUGGUACCAGUAAAUGAAAAUACAGUAUUCCGAAUAGCGAGUAUUAGUAAGCCGUUUACAUCAUUAUUGGUUGGAAGAUUAUUGGAUCAACACAAGUUAGAUCUUGACGAAGAUAUCCGGUCCUAUUUACCUGAGUUUCCGGAGAAAAUAGUCAAUGAAACAUAUGCAAAAAUAACUGUUCGAUCGUUGCUCAAUCAUACCAGUGGUAUUCGUAGUUACAAAAAGAUUUUGGAUGAAAACAAAAAAUCAGUGUAUCCAGAAAUGUUGAAUACUGUUCGUUUUAACGAUACAUUAAAUGCUUGUGAUAUGUUUAAAAAUGAUACAUUAGUUCAUUUACCUGGUAUUGAAUACACAUAUAGUACAUUUGCAUUCACUCUAUUAUCAGCAGUUAUUGAGAAAAUUUGUUUAAACAAAGGUAGCUUAUUUGAUCAACCAUUAGCAACAGUUAAAGGUGAAUCAAAAUCAUCUUGUGAAAAAGAAACAAAAUCUACAAAUAAUUUACCGAAAUGGGCAAGAUUUGAUACUAAUCUGUUAAGACUUUUUCAAUAUCUCAAUUUGAAUAAUACCUGUUUAGAGUAUCCUGAGAAGAUAAUUUCUUCAAGAGCUGCUCAGUAUUGUCGUUCAGAUAAAGGCAUACUUACAAACACUCCCACAAUUGAUAAUUCAUAUAAAUGGGCUGGUGGAGGUAUUCUUUCUACAGCUAGUGAUCUAAUUCGUUUAGCUGAUCAUCUAGCAUUUAUUUAUAUGGGUUGGCUUGAAUCCUAUGGAAUUGUUAAACAAUCUACUUUAAACCAAUUAUUAUGGAAAGUUUCUUGUGUACCACCAGAUCUAAAUACAUUACCUGGACUGGGUUGGUUUUUAGCUAGACGUUCAGGUGAUCCAGCAACUGAAGAAAAUGGCUACCCUGACCGAUUAUAUGCAUUGCAUACAGGUGGUGCAGUCGGCGGUACAACUGUUCUUCUUCUUAGUCUCCCUUUGUUAUGUAAUAAUGAUAACAUUCCUAAUAUGACAAAUGAGAUAAACGCUAUUGCUUCUAAGGAUAAUAAUCAUAAUUUCAUUUCAUCUAUACAGAAUAACACUAUGAUAAUAUUUCCAGUGAAUAAGAUGUAUCCAGUAGAUGUUCGAAUAAAAGCAGCCAAUAUACCUCCAAUUAAUGUAGCUAUCUUAACUAAUUUAGAAAAUGUUUCUGGUAUAUCAGAACUAGCUAUAAAUUUAUCUGAAUUAUUUUUGGAUUAUGCUAUAAAACUGGAAGACUUAGAUGAUGAAUAA